GCGGAGAUUUGCUCGAGCUUUGAUCAAUCGCAUCAGAACGUGAGCCAUUGGUGCCCAGGACGCUUCGGAGUUAGCGUUCUAACGCUCGUCGUGCGAUCGAGCUCAUCCAACCUGCAGCAACCGCAAAGUGCACAGAUAUGCAGCUCUGCCAGCUGCUCUGCGCUAGCGCAGUUGUCGCGAGCGCUCUCCAAACGCGAGCCACGCAACAACGACAGCCCACGCGGCGACCUGCCAAUUUUCUGGAGAGCUUCGCCGAGGCCUUCGCGAACCCGCCCCUGUCGGCGCCGCGGGCGCGGCCCGAGGCGGCCGACGAGCUCCAGCGGCUCGUGACCGACGGCUGGAACGGCGCGCGAGUCGACGCCGACCGGUGCUCGCAGCUCAUCGAUGCGCUCGCAUUAAUGGGCGGUCCGUUCGAUGCGUCGGACUUAGGAGGUGGGCUGUGGCUCGCACUGCACUCGCGCGGACUGGUGCCCAAGUGGCAGAAGAACCAGGAGCUGCUCAAGGUCUUCGGCGUGCGCAACCGCGCCGGGCAGACGUACUUUCCGAAGGACAAGCGCGUGGAGAAUUAUGGGGAAGUCGUCGGCGGCCUCGUUUAACGCGGCGUCCUUUCCUCGAGCGUCAAUACGCCAUCGACGCGACGCAUCGCUCGUUGCGGACGCCAUCGACGCGACCGCUUCCUCGCAGGUGACCUUCGGCGCCGAGGGCACGUUCGCGCUGCCGGCGGGCCCCCUGCGCGCGCCCUGCGACCUGCCCGUCGAGAUCACCGCGGGCGGCCUGACCGUCUUCGGGAAGCGUUUUGAGUUGCCCAUCGCCGGGCCCGGCUUGGUGCGAGUGCUCUACCACGACUCGACGAUGCGGAUUUUUGAAUCUCCCUUGACGUCGCAGGACAAGUGGGAGGAGUCGGGGUUGGUCGUCGUUCAGGUGAGAGAGAGUGCCGUAAUAAAUAUUUAGACC